UCCAGGCUCUGAGCCAUCAGCCCAGAGCCCGACGCGGGGCUCGAACUCACGGACCGCGAGAUCGUGACCUGGCUGAAGUCGGACGCUUAACCGACUGCGCCACCCAGGCGCCCCAAAAAUCCCAGGUUCUAAAACAGACCGGGUUCUGUUACUGGCUGCUUACAAAAUCAGAGAAGGGAGUAUUGUUGAAACACCACAGGAAUGUACGUCAGUAAGGCCCAUGCCACGAAAAUCAGCUACCUAAAGACUAAAUUGUGAUGUUACUCUGUAAUAAUUUGUAUAUUAAUCAAAACAGGAAGGACAUAGGAAAGUGAAAGGCUAGUGUAUGUGUGUGUGUGUGUGUGUGUGUGUGUGUAUAGUACAUAGUAUAUAUAAAUAAACACAUGCACAUAAAUAAAUACAACAAGCAUAGACAAAACAUGUCAACCCAGUAUAUUUUAGGUUUAGUUUAGGUUUCUGGAAUUGGCCUUGAGGUGAUUGUCCAUUGUUCACUUCUUCAAGGCUAAUCCCCUACUUCCAGGCCUUGGAUACGUUGGGUGUUGGCGUUAGUCUUUGCAGUUCCCCCAGCAGUGUUUGUAUUAUUUCUCGAUGAUUAUGUCCAGUGGUGGGGUAUUCCAGGAUCCUCCUUUUAGAUUUUCCUGCCAUAAUGAUGGUUCUUACGCUACGGGUCAGAGAUAAGGGAAUUCUGCCAGGUGCCAAGAAUGUCUGUAUUGCAAUUACACAUUUAGACGCUGGGGAAAGAAAACCACAGAGUGGUAGCUUGCUGCAGCUGGGUUUAAUCUGAGUUCAUUGGAGUUAAGACUUUUUAAAAAGUUAUCUACCACCAGCCUCCACUUUGACUUGAUGGUGUGCCACAGUGAUAUAUUGGAUCCUUAGUACUUAGUGUCAUCUUAGAGAUGGUGUGGAAUAGUAUUUUCUUUUCCCCCGUGUAUAGUCAUUCUCAUGAAUGCUUAUGUGAAGGAUCUGUAUGAAGAUUUAUAGUAUGGAUUGUGGUGAUGGUGCAAAAUCCUUUGCUGAAGGGGUUCUAAGUUUGUCUAUGUCUGGAAGUUGGGUAGUGGGCUGUGAUUUUCCACUGGGGUGAGUCAAGUCAGAGUUUUGGUUAUUAGAGACUUAUUCUUACCGACAUCAAGUAAAAUUCUAGUACACAGGUUGGCAUACUGUGGACCCUGGGUCAAAUCUGGCCCUCCAGCUAUUUUUGUACGUAGAGCUUUAUACAAACUUAAAUGUAUUCAUUGGUUCUUUGAAACCACAAUGACAGAGUUCAAUAUAGCACAGGGACUAUUUGGCCUGCUUUGCCUAAAAUGUACUGUAUGGAUCUUUAGAGUAAGUUUGUUGACCUCUGUUAUAAUAGGCUGCCUGUCUGUUUCGUUGCAAGGGACUAAUUAGUUUCCCAUUAGUUAGCCACCACUAAAGAUCUCUGCAGGACAAAGCAUUCUGAUUUCCUGUUUCAUUCUCACUGGUCUUGACAGUUCAUGUGCCCACUUUGUCUUUGGUAAUUAAGUGUUACCUACUUCUGCUACUCUGGGUCCUCAUCAUUCCUACUGAAAUCAGGGAGUCCAUCUCAGUGAUGGUAUAUCACCUACAAUCAUACCUGACCUAUAGAGGAGAAUAACCACUUAGGCUUCAAGGGUAAGGUGCUCCACUUACCUGUUUCUCAGUAAAGUUGUGGAAAGAGUGUUCUGUUCCCUCAAGAUGGGAUGGGGAAUGGGGGCUGUGUAUCACACAUGAUAAAUCCAUUGCAACAUUCCUAUCUCCCUAGGAUUUGCUCCUUCAGAUUUUGUUGUGGAGUUCUGCUGGUAUGUGAACUCUUUCUGCUGGUAUGUGGGUCACCAAUGAGUCUGUGGUGCCAUCUAAGCUGUUAGAGCUUUCCCCAGAUCCAUGAGCUAGAAUGUAUUAAACCCAGACUGUCUAAAAAGCGCACCCAUGUCAAUGAAUUUGGCCCAGUUUAUUUGUUGUAUUUCAGCCUUCUAGGUUUGGCAUGCUUACAGCUGUUUCUCCCGUAGGGUACCCAGCUUUCUUCUCCAUAUUACUGGAGUUGAAACUAUUUUGUUGUGCAAGCUAUUUUAUCUUGCACUGUGUUGUAUUCCUGUUACUGUGGAUUUUGAACUGAACUAGUUAUGUUACCAGGGGCAUAGCACAUAGUUUGGGUGGGUCUUGAGGAGGAGCGUUUCUUUCCAAGACUUCUACCCCAAUGAGAUUUUUCCUCAGUAUUUUUAAGCAGAGGAAGGCUCAUUUCAGAAACGAAAGGGCAGGAUAAUUCCCUACUAUGGGAGCGUCAGUGUCUUAUGGAUUUAAGAUUGUGAGCUUCCUGUUGGUCCGACUAGAUGUCCCCAUUCCAGUUUUCAAGUACUCAUUCCUUUCUCAUCAGUGCCCUAAUUUUCACACGAACAACUAGUUGAGACAGCCAUUCUAAUUGUGGUGUUAUUUUUACCUGUGCAAUUAAAUUUCAUGUUUUAUUUUCAACAAUGUGAGUCCCGUGGCCACAAGAAAUGUGCUUUUUAAGAGCUGUCUUGAAGCCUUCUGGUUCUCAGGCCUUGAAUUGAGCUCGUCGUAGUAAAUCUGAGCAUGUCAUUUCGUGUGCAAGUCCAGCCAUAAGAAUCCUUGUACUCCUCACUAAUGAGGUAGCAGCCAAACAUAGCAUUUACUUGGACUCCCAAGCAAGUGCUUUUGUUUGCCUAUCUUCACAAUGAGCUACAGGUGAUAGCUUGAUUUUCAUAACGCAGCUGAAUGUCUUUCCCAUUGUCAGGGAGCUUAGCUCCUGGCUCCAGAACAAAGACUUGAUGAAAUCACACACUUGAUGAAUCUCCAUAUCUCAUCUCUACCAGUGUACCUCCUGCAGUCACUGUCCGUCUCAAUUUUGUAUAAGUCUGGGUGUAUGAUCAGGAGACAAAAAUCUCUCCUUGAUUUCUAGAUCUACAUGGGAAGAGUUUACAAAGAUGUAAAGAGUACUCUAUCCUAGAACUGAACAGAAUAAUAAGUUGCACUGAAGUGAUCUUGGCAUCCGAUUUUGCAUCAGGCAGAUUUCACCAUCAGUGUCCCAGGAUGGCAGCCAUUGAUUUGACCCAUGAUCUUUCUAGAGAUCAUUUUCCCCUUCAUGAGGAAAACACAGAGGCAGAAAGGAUGGUGGCUGUCUGGCUGAAAAAUUAUCAUCAGAUUUCAGUGACCUUUGACGACGUGGCAUUGGACUUCACCCAAGAGGAGUGGAUAUUACUGGACCUCUCUCAGAGAAACCUAUACAGAAACGUGAUGCUAGAGAACUACCAGAACCUGGUCACAGUAGAAUAUCAACUGUCGAAACCUAAGCUGAUCGCUUGGUUGGAACAACAAGAGCUAAGGGCAGUGGAGCAGGGUAUUUUGCAAGAAUGGGAGACAGGACUUCAGACUAAAGGGUCAGAAUCUCACCAGGAUUUUUUUGGAGGAAAAACAGCCAGUGAAAUACAAAAAGAGAGGACCCACCAUGGAGUAGAACUCUCUGACUGUCAGCAAAGUGGGAAAGACUUGAGGAAGCACUUCAACCUUAAGACACACGUGAGAACUCAAAAUAGAGAGAACGCUUUUGAGUGUAACCCAUAUCACAAUGGCUUCCUUAAUCUGCAAAAGAAAAACUCUCCUAGAGAGAAGCUUUCUGAGUUGAAUCGGUGUGGUAAAAUCUUGCGCCUGACUCCACCUAUCAUGUAUGAGAGAACCAGCCUGGCAGGGAAGUCUUUGGAAUGCAGCGACUGUGGGAAAACAUUCAUUAAUCAUUCCCAUUUUCAGGCGCACAUGAGGAUUCACACUGGAGGAGAUUUUGAUGAAUGGAAGCCGUUUAUAAGAGCUUCAGUCUUCUCAGCAGGCCAUACUGAGCAUGUGCAGACACAUACUCAAGAACCCCAUGAAUGUAAACAAUGUGGGAAAUCUUAUGCAGAUUCCAAGUGCCUCAAUAAUCACAUCAUUCGACUUCACACUGGAAUAAAACCCUUUGAAUGUAGUGAAUGUAGGAAAGCCUUUGCUACAUCCUCCCGUCUUUAUGUGCAUUUGAGACUUCACACCGGAGAGAAACCCUAUCGGUGUAAAGAAUGUGGGAAACACUUCCAGUGGCCCUCGCUCCUUCGUAAACAUGUUCGAACUCACAGUGGUGAGAAGCCCUAUAAAUGUAAGGAAUGUGGAAAAGCCGUCAGUCGUUCGUCAGUUCUUAAUGAACAUUUGAGAAUUCACACUGGAGAGAAGCCGUAUAAAUGUAAGGAAUGUGGGAAACGUUUCGCUUGGCUCUCGGUCCUUCGUAAACACGUUCAAACUCACAGUGGUGAGAAGCCCUAUAAAUGUAAGGAAUGUGGGAAAGCCCUCAGUAGUUCCUCAAUUCUUAACGAACAUUUGAGAAUUCACACUGGAGAGAAGCCGUACAAAUGUCAGCAAUGUGGGAAAGCCUUCACUAAUUCCUCACGACUUAGUGUACAUUUGAGAACUCACACUGGAGAGAAACCCUAUCAAUGUAAGGAAUGUGGGAAAGCUUUCGUUUGGCCCUCAGUCCUUAAAAAACAUUUACGAACUCACAGUGGAGAGAAGCCCUAUGAAUGUGGUGAAUGUGAGAAAGCCCUUGGUAGUUCCUCGUAUCUUCAUGAACACUUGAGACCUCACACUGGAGACAGACCCUUUCAAUGUGGUGAAUGUGGGGAAGCCUUUAGGACUUUCUCCUAUUUUCAUAGCCAUUUGAGAAAUCACUCUAGAGAGUAACCCUGUGAAUGUAAGCACUGUGGGCAAGCUUUCACUGCUGCUUUCAUCUGGAUUCAACACUGAAGAAUCCACACUGGAGAGAAGCCCUGUUGAUGUAAGGAAUGUGGGAAAGACCUCACUUGGUCCUCCAGCCUUCACAAGCGUAUACAGACUCACAGUAGAGGGAAGCCCUGUGAGUGUACGGGAUGUGAGAAAGCCUACACCACUUCCACAACUGCAAAUACACAUUUGAAGUCCCACUGGAGAGAAGCCCUUUGAGGGUACACACGGAGGGGAGGCGUUCACCGUUUGCUCAAGCCGAACUCCAUGCGUGAAAACUGAUACCGCAGAGCAACCCCUUAGACAUAAAGGAGUGCGAGAAAGCCUUCACGUCAUGGUCACAACGUAACACCUAAAAAAUGCACCAUAGAUUAUGUACAGAAUAAUUGUGACCAAUUUGUUACCUUCCUGCUAGUCUAGUUUCUACACCUUGGUUGCAGCCUGGUCCCAAGUGAGACUACCACCGUUAGACUUAAUGCUGUUCAAGCCACCCGGGUUGUCUGGUCGCGUGGACCUUGUCUAAUACUGUGAAGACGGUGAACAUUGGAAGUAGUUAGUUCACUGCUCAGAGAGUCCACUGAUGGUGCCUCAUGGAGGUGAAGGUGUGGGGGUGGUAUAUGUCUCUAAAUUUCCUGAAAAUGCUCUUGGUUCUGUCUCACACCUGAUCUUUCUGGGUCAGAAAAGACUUUAGAAAUGGUGAGGGUUAUACACCCAGAUUUCAUAGCUCUGCAAAGAGAGCUACACACCCAGUACUGGGUUAGAAAAUACUUUCAAUCUCAGUGUGCGGAGAGAUUGGGAACAGAGCUCCUAGAUCACCACAACCCGGAAGAAACCAAUUAUGUUGUUUGCCUGUGUUUAGAAAUAGCUGCAGCUGGCACGUGACUUACUGGUUAGUUUCUCAUCCUUUCAUAUGUGGGAGAUAGAGAACCUUGUGAAUAUGGCAAGUCCUGAUAAUCUGAAGUACUUGCUGCCACCACUGGCAGUUCUUCAAAUUGACCUUUGGAUAGAGACGCAGAAUCCACCAGAACCUUGUUUCCGUACUGAGUUGACACAUUCAUACACUCGUGACCCUUGAGCAGCCUUUAGUUUUGUUGUGGGUGGCCUCGGAGGCCACAGCAGCUUAAUGUCAUGUUCGUUUGGGUUUAAACCAGUGGAGUACACGCCGAGUCAAAUGUAGCGAUGAUCCUGAUCAGAAGUGACCUGGGCACAUUUGUCUUAGGUUUAUGUUUGGAGGAGGUUGGGAUAUGAAGUGAUUCUCUUGGGUGUAGGUGGGGGUGUAGGCUUCACUGCUUCGUGUGGGUUGCAGUGUAGAAUACGCUGGCCUUCGGUGGCAUCAUUGGAUUAUUGCAAAGCCUACUUGUCCUCAUUCCAACGAUCUGAUACCCUCAUCAGUAACAUCUGUGUUUGUCAAUAACCACGCUUGCCGACUUUUUGUCUCAUUAGGAUCCUCUUUUCGUAGUCUGAUUGUCUCUUCCUUAAUAAGAAUGUCUUCUAGAUGGGGAAAUGUAAAGCACUUUCCACCUGGUGGGUCUCACUGCUGUGACCUCCAUUUCCUAUGGGAGAAGCCUGGCAGUGUAGUUCAGUUCUGCUGGAACCAUUCUUCCCAGAGAAGCUUGAUUGCCUCAGUGAUGUACACUGUGGUACCCCCCAUGCUGGACCCCUUCAUCUACAGCCUGAGGAAAAGGAUGUGAUGGGGGCCCUGGGAAGUCUUCACCUAAGAGAGAUGGGCCCUGAUGGGCCACUGGUCUCAGAACCGAGAGGAUAUUGUGGGCCCCAAAUGCAAAUGUUGUGGAUUUAAAUCUUGCGGUUAUUUUUCUCUUGUAAUAGAAACUUCAUUUCCUCUGUUUCCAGAGCACCCAUGAUGUGCUUGUAUUUGUCUUUGUAUUUGUUUCUCAACAACUUCUUUAGUAGUUCCUUUGUUACCUUUCUUCCCUAAUUACAGUUCCAGAAUUCUUUGGUCAGAUUUCCUGUAGCCAUUCCUGACAUGGCCAACAUUAGAUGUGAAACACUUCCAUCAAGUGCUGGCCUGCUUUCCUCAACUGCCCUCUCAAAUGUUGAUACUCUUCAAGUGCAUUUAUUUGGGUGCAUUAUUCACAUGAAGAAGGGGCAUGAAAAGGCUACUACAGUUGUAAUUAAAGUCCUUGCCAUGUCAAAACUGUUCAUCCUGUUUUACAUGUAUAAUUUCAUGCAAUUAUGAUGUUUCUUACAGAGAUCUUCUCAUUUACCCCAUUUCCCACCAAUAGCUUGUGAUUGCAAUGGAUUCUACCAUAGAAACAGGGAUGUGAUUUUCAACUUCCAGUGUAGGAAUGUGAUUUGAGUGGUAGUUUGCUUAGGAGUUUCUAUGUAGUAUGUUGCAUAGGAGAAGUCUGAGAUACUGCCUCAUUCUUUGCCUUCUGUCGUCCUCCUAUCAAUCCCUCUUUUCUUAUCCAUGUUUAACUGCACCUUUAUUUUCCAUCAUUGCUACCUUAAGAUAUGCCCCGGGACCUCAGGUGGAAACUCCUUUUCUCAUUGCAUGAUUGGCAGCUGGUGGAGGGAAAGAAGAAUGAAAAAUGAGUGUUUGAUGGGUAGAGUUUCCCUUUGGGAAUAUGAAACCAUCUGGAAACAGCGGUAAUGGUUGCACAAAACAAAAACAGAAAAAAAAAACCAAUGUAUUUGAUGUGAACAGAAUAGAAUUGUACACCUAAGUGUUUAAAAUAGUGAAUUUUGUUACAGAUAUUUAAACACAAUAAAAAAGUAA